AUGGUGCAUUACAACGAACUACACCCCUCCGAGCCUCAACACCAUGGCCCUUUUAGCGCCUGUGCUGCUACCUUAACGAAUAUCCUGGAUUUUGUUCAAGAGGUCUGCAACACUGAGAUGACAGAGGAGAGUCGGUCGAAAGAUAGCAAACGCUUUGUUCAAUUACUCGAACAAUUGAAGAACGAUCUAGCUAGAGUCAAGAGUGACUUUCCGGUGGAAAAGAGGCGCUUGUGGGUAGGAAGUGAGAUUGAGCGAUACGAACAGGCAGUGAAGAAGACGGAGAGUCUGAGCGCUAAGUUCACAGAAAUAAUGGAUCUCGAGAUCUAG